UUCCACUCAGGCAUCUGCUGGGGCAGCUAAGCAGGACCCAGAGCUCCUGUUGUGGAUGGUUUAACUCCAGUUGUGCUCACUGGAGCAACAGGCAGCAGGAGCCGAACUCCUCCUCACCCAGUUACUCCCAGUGUGUAGAAAUACACAUCCAACAUGGCGGGUAAGAUCCAGAGUCUGACCGAAGAGGAGAGGGCCCACCUGCUCCCUCUGCUGCGCAACGCCCAGUGGGUGGAGGUCGUGGGGCGGGACGCCAUUUAUAAAGAGUUCAUUUUCAAAGACUUCAACCAGGCUUUUGGUUUCAUGUCCAGAGUGGCUUUACAGGCUGAGAAGAUGGACCAUCAUCCUGAGUGGUUCAACAUCUACAACAAGGUCCAGAUUACUCUCAGCACACAUGAAUGUGGGGGAUUAUCUCAGCGGGACAUCACAAUGGCCACCUUCAUGGACCAGGCGUCUCUGAUGUGAACGAACCAUCAGAUGACCCGACAUGGAAAAAUGUGACCACGUGUCUGAAAAUCCAAAGAAAACUUUGGUUUCAUUGUGAUAAUUGCGACUGGUCUGUAGUUUUUGGUCUGUGGUGGAAAAACUUAAAUUAGCUGAAGAAAAUUAUAAAAUAACUGAAUUGGCAACCUUCCAGAUGUUUUUACAGAAAACAUUAAGUGGUCUUUUUUUUUUUUUUUUUGCCUUAAUGAGGGUCGUUAUGUGCCAAUUGUUUUUCUACGUUAAUAAAAAGUUACAGUUUUAUUCCCACCGUGAAAAAGCAAAA